GCAGACUUCCAGAAAGAGCAACUCAGUCGGAUUGACAAUGACUUGAUGCAGGCAAAGAAGGUUCUGGUGGGCAUCACUGAGCCCCGCAGACUGUGCCUACAGGAGCUGGCACUCAGAGGACACUUUGUAAAUUGGGUGAAGGAUGCACUUGAAGAUAUCAAUGAGUUGAAGGUGUUUGUUGACUUGGCUUCCAUCUCUGCGGGAGAGAAUGACAUGGACGUGGAUCGUGUCGCUUGCUUCCAUGAUGCUGUUCUUGGCUACUCUUCAAUGCUUUAUGAGCUCAAACCAGACUCUGGUUUUCCUGCCUUCCAAGAGGUUCUCAUAAAGCUUUGGAGGGCUUUGGAGAAUGAUGGCAACUUACCAAAAAAACUG